AUGCAGCCGCCAAUAGACGACGCAGACGACCCGCCCCCUUUCCAGGCCCCGACCGCACUGCCUAUGCCUCCGGAGAUGGAGUCCACGGGCAACGAGCUGAGCACAUCCGCUUCCACCAUCCGCACCCUCCCCCCACGAUCCCCCCUCCAAUCUCGUCCAACACUUCCCCCAACUCUCCCCCACUCUGCAGCCCCACCGCCGAGCCCGACGCCGUCCUCAGCGUCGGGCACAAGCAGCUCUUCGCUGCUGUCGCUGGAGGGCGAGUACGAUUCAGGGAUGGAACUCGACUCCGUGUCGAGCAGUUUCUUCUUUAGUUCUGCCGCUGCGAGCCCGCCGCAAGCGCAUCAUCACGGCCACGACCAUGCGACCGAGCUGGUGAUACCGUCGUUGACGUUGCCCGGCGCCGCUGCUUCGCGGAUGUUGGUUAUGGGUGCGGAUUCUGUGGAGCAGGUGUUGCCGGAAGGCUGGAGAGUGGAAGACGAAGAAUGCGACCCGGAUUGCAGGCGGGUGUGGCUUACCAAGGAGGAGGAGGGAAUGGAGCUGGUAUUCGUGAAUACAGCGACGACUUCUACCUUGAUAUCGUUCAUCCUCGACCCAUUCCGCGCACUCGUCCGCGUGCUGACGCUGCCCGAAAACGAUCUACAAGCGGAAGAGAACAAGCUGCUGCUUUUGGAUCUGUUGGCCUCCGAAGGCUCGCCGACCUAUGCCGCGCUGCUCGUUGUGCCUGGUUACGAGCUUGCUGUGGAAGAGGCGAUUCGGCGGCUAGUGCCCGUUGUCGUGCUGCAGUCAAAGCAGAUGAACGUAGACCCCACCAUGACGGUCACUGUGCUGUCCCCUGCCGCAACUGAGCUGUUCGUAUUUGACCCGUUGGAGAAUAUCCCCGAGGAGCCCGAGCCGUUGACCGCAGUACCCCAGCCACCUCACUUCAACCUACCUACCCCCCCGCAGCUACUGACCCUGAAGACACAGGCCGCGGCGCUCUUCCUAGACUGGUGGGCAGCUGCGCGUCGACCGUCGUCACGGUACCAUCGCCAUUUACCCCAACUACCACCACCCUCCCGUUCAUCGUCAGCAUCACGACCUCGGAGAGCCAAACGCAAGGACACAGCAGGGUCAGAUUCACAUACGCCUUUCGGGUAUACGCAUGCGCCAGUCAGCCUCGCAGACCCGCUACACCUACCCAGCCUUGCGCGCCUUGUCAGAGACGUCGUCGCUGCCCGCUUGGGAUUCCCGGAGCUCGGCACGGUUAGCGGUAUGUUGCUGGGCUUGGGGGUUGGGGUUGUGUUGGGGGCGUGGCUUGCUGGCGGGUAUACCAGGGUCGGGGGAUGA